AAGUUCAAUGUGGUCAUGUCCCACUGACAAUCUGGGCUGCACCACGUAUUCAGCAAACAAUGCAAUUGAUGGAGAUAUCAAUACAUGUAUGAGGACUGACUAUUUUGGUCCACCCUCUCCAAAGCAAACAGUGUGGUGGAGGGUAGACCUUGGUGACGUAAAGAGUAUAUACAGUAUCAGGAUACAGUUUAAAGACUAUGGACAGCAAUACAUUAAAAGACAAAGAGGAAGGAUGGCGGGGUUUUCUUUAUACAUUUCAAACACAACAGAAAUACAGGGUGGUUAUCUAUGUUACAAGGACGGACCAGAAUUACCUCUCCUAGAUAUCACCAACAUUUGCAUCAAUCAUGGACGUUACAUUAUAUUUUACAACGAGAGAAUAAAUGGGGAAUCAUAUCCUGACAGUUACGAAAAUAUUGUAAUAACUGAGUUAUGUGAAGUGAUUGUGAUGGGCUGUCAUAAAGGUGGAUUUUAUGGACAAAGCUGUGAUCUUAUAUGUCCUCAUCACUGCCAGGAAAGAAGAUGUAAUAUAAUAAAGGGAACUUGUCUUGGUUGUACGGCUGGCUGGAUUGGAGAUUUCUGUAAUGAAGCUUGCGCCUUUGGAUACCAUGGCAUGGAAUGUAAAACAAAGUGUACAGGUCAUUGCCUGGGUGAUGCUUCCUGUAAUCACAUUAGUGGACUUUGUGAACAUUGGUGCGAGGCUGGAUGGUUUACACCAACUUGUGAUCAACCUUGCCAUGAUGGAUGGUAUGGACCCAAUUGUACGUCUAAAUGCAGCAGUAAUUGUAGAAACAGCUUACUAUGUGACAAGGCAAGUGGAAAAUGUGAAAGCUGUGUUCCUGGGUACAUUGGGACAUUUUGCAACAAUUCAUGUUCAAAAGGCAAUUUUGGUCAAAAUUGUUCUGAGAUCUGUAAUAUCAAAUGCCGAGGUCAAAACUGUUUCCAUGAAAAUGGAUUUUGUACUGAAGGAUGUGAAGAUGGAUACCAGGGAAAAACCUGUACUGAAGAGUGCAACGAAGGAACGUAUGGAGGAAACUGCUCCAAGGAAUGUAGCUCUAAGUGCAUUGAUACAUCCUGUCAUAAUGUACAUGGAGAGUGUAGCUAUGGGUGUAAACCAGGAUGGACAGGUUCACACUGCAGUCAAUCUUGCAGAUUUGGACUAUAUGGAGAAAACUGCACAGAAACAUGCAGUUCAUUUUGCAGAACCAGUCUUUAUUGUACCAACACUGAUGGAAACUGUAUAGACGGCUGCAUGGAUGGAUACAUUGGACCAAAAUGCGAUAAGAGUUGCGAAGGAGGGUGGUAUGGUAAAAACUGCUCACAACGUUGUAACGAAAACUGUGUCAACAUGACAUGUGAUCACGGAGAUGGUUUGUGUACGUUUGGAUAUAAACCAGGUUGGCGUACUGCCAACUGUUCUGAGGCUUGCGUGCUGGGAUGGUAUGGUCAAAAUUGUUCCAACACGUGUAACCAUAAUUGUAGAAACAAGUCAUGUGACAACGUUCACGGUGUAUGUACGUAUGGAUGUGAGGCAGGAUGGACGAGGUUAAACUGUUCGGAAACUUCUCUGAAAAUGGCAGCUGAUAAUGUUGCUGAAAGUGAUUUUCAAUAUUACUAUGUCAUAGCUUUAUCAGUAGGGUUUGCUGUAUCACUUGUCAUCAAUAUAUCUACCUGUUUUGUAGUACUCCGAAGAAAGUACUGGAAAAAUAGAGGGGAAGGAUCAAGAUAUGUUGAAUGCAGUGACGUAAUGGCUGUAAAGACUGAAACUACACAUAUUUAUCAGGAACUUAAUGCUAUUAAUAGUAAUGAUAUUACCUAUCACAAUCUUUCAUUCGGAAAUUCGCAUAGUGAAUGA